AGCAGGAAAACUCAAGACAAAGGAAUCUAACAAGGCUAGUGAUUUCAGCGAUAUGGCAAGUUGGCCAACACCAAGUGAAUUAUUGAACACCGGAUCUCAGAAUGUUGUGUGUCAAGGAAAUAAGAAGCCACAGACCAGAAAAGAAAAAGAAGAAAAGGUUGAAAAGAGAAGUGAUGGUGAGAGCAAAGAAAACCGAGAAACCAAAUCAGAUGGUCCUGGCGAGAAUGUCAGCGAGGAUGAGGCGCAGUCAAGUAACCAGCGAAGAAGAGCCAAUAAACACAAGUGGGUUCCACUCCACUUAGACGAUGUGAGGCCAGACAGUCAAGAAAGACCUGGGUCCCGGAGCGGCUCCAGAUGUCCACCUGAAGCAAGCAGACCGGCUUACGCCAACAGGAGGAGCGACCUACGGAGUUGGAGGAAAGAGAGAGAAAAGAGAGACGACCAAGAUGAAGUUUCCAGUGUGAGGAGCGAGGGGGGCAACGCCCGAGGCGCCUUCAGAGGCCGCGGAAGAGGCCGAGGACGGGGAAGAGGCCGAGGCCGGGGCCCUCCUCGAUUGAACUGUGAGUAUUCAUAUGGCUACCAAGAGCUCGGGGAGAGGACCGAUCCACCGUUUCCGACAGAGCUGAGCACCAGCAUGAUGUAUUACUACGACGACGGCACCGGCGUGCAGGUGUACCCUGUGGAGGAGGCGCUGCUGAAAGAAUACAUCAGGCGGCAGAUCGAAUAUUACUUUAGCAUAGAAAAUUUGGAACGGGACUUUUUCCUUCGGAGGAAGAUGGACGAACAAGGUUUCCUGCCUGUCUCUCUGAUUGCUGGUUUUCACCGUGUCCAGGCUCUCACUACAAACCUUCAUCUCAUCUUAGAGGCACUGAAGGAUAGCACAGAAGUGGAAAUUGUGGAUGAAAAAAUGAGGAAAAAGAUAGAACCGGAAAAAUGGCCGAUUCCAGGCCCUCCUCCACGUCAUGUGCCCCAGACGGACUUCUCUCAGCUGAUUGACUGUCCAGAGUUCGUACCAGGCCAAGCCUUUAGCUCCCAUACAGUCAGGGUGAUGAUCUGCUGAUGCCUGGAUGCCAUUUGAUCGGAAUGUGCAGUGGACUAGGUGACUCAGGAAAUGCCAUGGUAAACACUGGAGCAGACCGGGCUGCGGCAGGGAGCGACCGGCUGUCUUGGGUGCGAGGACAUCGACUCCGGCUCCUGCGGAGGGGCCGGGCUAGCGCGGCCGUGGAGACAACACCCUCGCCCUCACGACGUGAGGCCGACCAGAGGACUGCUAUGGUCGCACAGGAGCUGCCCCUUUCUGUGAAACUGGCCUGGGCUGCGCGGCUACUCUUACUCACGGUGGGAAAGAUGAUGGUCAUGCUGGAAAUCCUGCAGAGUCGUCUUUUGUUUCCAGGCUCAUGUGCUUGUGUCCAGACCAAUAAAGCGGAAAAGGGGACUGAGUGGCGCCUCCCCGGUGGUUAAGUCCUUUGCCGUGUGGUUGCCCUUCCGUGUGUGGUGGACCUCGCAUAACUCACGUGCUGUCUUGCUGUUUCACGUGGACUGUGGGGUUGUUAACGUGGACACUCAAGGGUAAGGAAUGUAAGAAGUGCGCGAGGGUAUUUUUCCUUCACUCUUCAAAAGGUAUUUUUGAUACAUCAGUAUGCGAGACCUUCCCCUCAAGGAAACACUGAUGGGGGACGUCCCUCUGUGUUUUUAUCUCUUGUUUCUUUGCCAGCCCUCUGCUUCUAAUCCCAGCUAGCAACGUGGGCAGGCAUUUUAAAAGUUGAAGAAAAGUGACAUGGUUUUAGUUUUUUUUUUUUAAAGAUAUAAUGACUGAUUGUAUAAGUUGGAUUUAUUUAUUGCGUAAACUUGGGUCCAAGAUGGUACUUUUAGCCGCUUCUGAACAGGCCCAGGGUAGUUGGGUAAGAGGAAGAACUUUCCUACAGGGAAGCUGGGGACGGGUCUGUCGAGUUGGGAUGCCUGUCCGUUAACCAUUUGUGCGUUACUAAUAAAUUGCGAGAAUAAAAUCAUAA